UGUAUAAAAACACAUAUUGACAAAGGCCAGGUAUGGAAAAGGGUUUAUACCGUGCAGGAACAGGAGAGUGUGAGAUUUGAAUAGACUGAUAACUGGAUAUUUACCAUGGAGAACAAUGGUUUACUGAGUGGAGAGCAGAUUGAUUUUCUCUCUACAGAGUACUUGGUGUUACUCACUUUCAGUGUGUUUGGGAGUUCUUCUGUCGUGCUGGUUUCCAUAGUAAAAUGGAGGGACCUGAGAGAACAGGUGCCCCUCUUGGUACAGCUUACCCUAGCAGACCUCCUGGCUGCUGUGAUCCUCUUGUCCACCAGUGUCCUGGACAAAUGGAGGCCUAACAUCAGUGAAGUCACCUGCCAUUACUCCUUGCCGCUGUCACUGACAUUUUAUUUAAUCUCAUUUCUGCUGGUGGGGCUUUAUGCAUGGGAGUCAAAGAAUGCAAUACAAGGGUGGAGAGCAAGCCCCACAGAGGAUGAGUCAGGGCAGACUCAGUGCAGAAGGAGAAGAGUCACGAUACCUGUAUAUGCCAUUGCUUGGUUGUUCCCUAUUGCAUUAUACUUAGCAUAUGUGUUCACUCCCACAAAUUCUGCCGCUUUAAAUCCACUCACUGAGAGCUUAACGAUCGUCCGUAAUGAUAGCAAAUACUGCACUAGUUGUAUAUUGUUCUUGCAUGUUGGGAGCAAUGUCUGCUCUAAAGAAGAGAUGUCUCAUGACAAUUACAUCAGAGUUAUUAUUUUCUUUGUUGUGAUAACAGUGAUGUUGUCUUGCUCUGUCAUAUACUAUAAGGUUGGUAAAUGGUAUGAGAGACAUGAACAGCACAUUUUUCCUGUGGAAGGAGAUGGACGUUCAAGAAGGAGAUUCAAAAGAGUGUUUUCAACAUCAAGAAAUAUGGUGAUGGUCAUCGUAUUCUGCUGGACCCCAGCACUUGUUCUCAUUCUGCUGUCUAUGCUGAUGAUGUUGACACCAAACAUUAAACAACGCAGCCUAUUUGGUAUUUAUAUGAUACAGGCUGCCAGUGUAUCCCUGCAAGGCUUCCUGAACAGUAUGGUUUACGCCUGGAGACGGCCCAACUUCACGCGGGCCGUUCUUGGGGAGAAUACACCUCUAGUGUCACGUAAUCACAUGGCCUUCUGGGAUGAAUCAAUGCAGACCCCUAUUUGAUUGUUUACUUUAAAUGCAUCGAGAGACAUUGUUGUGCUGCGGUGACAACAUACUGGCCUGAGGAAGACUGACUGCAUGCCAGCACACUUAAUGACUUCAGCUAUGACUGAAGCACAAUAUAUUCACAAUAGUGGGAUGAAGAUAAAAAACUCAAAGAUGAAGGACGUAAAAAAAAUACUUGUCAACUAAUGCACUGCUACUGUUUUCUGUCAUAGUCACAUUAAGUAUAUUUUUUUUGUCUGAUUGGGGAAAAUGAUAGUGCAUCAAUUGUAAAAUAGUGUUGUAUUUAAAUGAAUGUUUUAUUUAGAUUUAACAUAUGUUUAUAUUAUUGGAAAAGGUGCUGCUUAACAAAUAGUUGUAUUUAUUUUUACUUGAUAUGAAAUGGUCCCUCAGUACUUUAUAGUUCAAGUCAAUAAUAAUGUUUUAAAACCUGUUGGGGUUGCAUAUUCUGUGUUCACCGUUGAGAAGUCUGUGUCACCUACACGGUCACAGAGUUCAGUCUGCAUUUGGAACACUAAGGAAUGCUGCGUUGCUGCAGAAACAAUAAGAAACACAAUUUCCGCUUUGUCAUGUUUGUGUGUACCUUAUAAAGAAUAGUGUGUGAUUGUGUAACUCAGGUCACACAUGAGGCAUAUCUGUUAUAUUGCUGUCCACAUACUCACACGCUCACACACAUCGCAGCACAAACAUCAGUACAGUUUUUAUGUGUGAUAACCUAUACUCCAUGCUCAUGUUUAAGGGUGUGUGUGUGUGUGUGUGUGUGUGUGUGUGUGUGUGUGUGUGUCUCUGAGUUGAAAUCUCUGUUUAUGAUUGACAGGGUACAGGCCAACCUGUACAUUCCUUGUGUUGGUAAUCACCUGUUCACUUUCUUUGUUGCAGGCCAUGUAGUCACUUAUAUUAUAGGGUUGAGGCAUAUAGUACUGUAUUAAAGCAUGAGGGUUAAAAAAAAACACAAGGCUUUUAAAAAUGUGGCGAUUGCCCUAUUAAAUCAGGCAGGGAUACAUCAUAGAUAUCAGAUGUGUUAUUUUGCCUGUUUGGAAAUAAAUGUUGUUCCAUUUA